AUGCUAUUCCCAACCUGUGUAACUGUUAACCCUAACCCGAUUUGAUCUAUACGUCCUAGCUAAAACAAGAUAUUCCCAUAUUUCCCACCCUUUUUGACGACUUUGGAAGGGGCUCUGCUUCAGAUCUAUAACUGGAACAGAGUUUAGCGUAAUAGGAGAUGGCAAAGCCUCACUCCCUCAUCUCCAACAAGUCCAGCGCAAAACCACCCCUGUCCUUAGCAUAACCGGACUCCUUCCUGUUCCUGACACAACGGCCGCGAAUGCAGAUGCAAGUCGGCACUCCAAUGCGGGGGAACAGGGGUCCUGUCAUGACUGCAGCCAAGAAAGAUGAAAAAUCCGGGGGAGGUAGGGUUGCUCCGACCUGCCUGUCUGCCCAAGGUCCAGGUUCCCCAACUUCACUUUCUAUCCUCGGCAUGGCUUUUUUUUCUUCCACGGCCCCAAGCCCUUUCCCCAAGAUCGAGACGGCCCGAUUUCGAAUGACCUCGGCGGCGGCAGACCACCAUUUGUCACGUCUUGGUGGUAUCGAUUAUCCAAAAGAUAAAAACUCAUAAGACGGUCGGCCGGAUGAGCUGACAUAUGGUGGAGACGCGUGUCGUUGGAUGUGGGCAGCAGCGAUGGCGGAGAGAGAGAGAGAGAGCGAGAGAUCCUAUUCACAAGAGUAAUGUGCUCGUGGUUCGUUUUUGGCCGUUACCCUCCGCCAAGCUUAGGACAAGAGAUGGAGAGAUGCUAGAACAAGUAUUCUCCGAGACGUGAGCCUCCGACUAAAAGAGAUCCGCAACGAUGGAGCAACUAGCGGGCCGUGAUAUACAGCUCUCUCAAUUCUAGACUUGAGGUAUGACAAAGUUAGCUUCACAUAGCACAAAGUGCAUCACAUUGCCAUGUGUGCAGGUGUCAAAAAGGCGGGAAAGGUCACAAGAGAUUUGACUGUGUUCCCG